UGAAGUUUUGUCUGUGUUUUAAAGUUAUCUAAGAGAACAUGCGUCAUUUAAGAAUAAUCACCACCUGGGGAAUUCUAGUUUGAAUGGCCAUGCGGAACCCCAUUCAUGAAGGCAAAUCAAUACUUUUAAACAAUAUAUUUGCAGACAACAUGGAAAAGAUGAUGUCUGAAACAUGAUAGAAUCAUGGGAAAAGCAAAAAAGCCUCCAAGCGCCAGUAAGGAAAAUGGUCAAAAGACGAUAUCCAGUUUCUUUCAAAAACCCACAGGUAAAACAGUAUCUAAGGGACUAUUCUCAGAACAUGGCUGCCACAAGGGUACAUCUAAACAGCUGUCCUCUGAACCAAUAGUGAUCAAUGAUGACACCUCUGACAUACGGCCAGAAAAAUUAAAAUUAUUAAAAGCUGAUCCACCUAAACAUAAUGUGCUAUGUGAAAAGAAAAAUCUUGAAAAGUCAUUAAAUCUUCAAGCAAAAGAUAGUAAAGCACUGAGUCAUGAAACGGCAAGUGUUGUUAAAUCAUCGGCAAGGGGAACAAAUCCUUUAGAAACAUGCAUCCCUGAAACCCAGUUUUGUUUUACACCUCCUGGUGUUAAAAAAGUAGGUGUUGACAAUAUGAUUGUUUCUCCUGAAGCAAAUGACUUCGGUCUCAUUCCUGAUACGCCUCAAGAUAAGAAAGAAGAUGUAGUGAAAACAAAACGACCUUUGGCACGAAGUUUUUUGCUCUCAGCAGGACAGAUGGGUACAAAUCCCAUACAGAAAGCUAAAGAACACAGACAAGAAAAACUUGCUAUGAAAAAGAAAGCUAGUCUUGCUAGAAAAAGUUUGUUGUCAGUGUCUGUACAGUUUAACCAAGAUGAGAAAAAGCCUUUAGUUUCAGAGAAUGAACCAGUUGAAAAUACAAAUUCUGAAAUGGCUGAUUAUGGGUCAGUCUGUGAUGGAAAAACUCCUACAAAAAUUUAUUCUGAUGGAAAUUCAAUUAAAAGAAUGGCAAGAUCUGGUUCUUCACCUGAUUCAAAACGACUCAGUGAUGGCUUAGGAAACAAUGGAAGCAAUUUAGAUUCUGUAAAUGAGAAGUCAUCAUUAGGUAAUUCUGUUUGUAAACUUGAUUUUGAAGUCAAAUCAGUCACUGAUAAACCAAUAGCUGGAGAAGGGAAGAAAGCUCAACUCAACGUAGAUGAAACAGAUUUUAAAAGUGCUAAAACCAUGUUAGAUGAUCAGAUUAUAGAAAAAAGUAAAGAAGAACAAAUGAGGCUAGAAAGAAGGAAGUUGAAGGAAAGACAGAUGAAACUGAAGAAAGAGAAAGAAGCUUUAGAGAAGAGAAGGGUAGAAAAGGAGGAGAAGAGGAGAAAAAGUGAGAAACUGAUGAAAUACCAGUUAACUGGAGUAUCAGAAGAUGACGUGAAAUAUGAAGGUGACAUUUCUGUAACACAAGAUGACACCCUUGAUGAUAUUCUACAAGAACUAAAGUCUCCCAGUUUAAUUAAACCAUCAAAAACCUCAAAAGCUAUAGUACUUCAAUCCAAAACAAAGAAAACUGUUGCAGAUUUUACAAAAACAAAACCUCUUAAUAAAGGGACAACAAGGGCUAAUGUAAAACAUGGUCAUUCAAAUGGCGUGGCAAAUGUCAAAGACUACAAGGAAUCCGACAUUUCUUCUGAUUGGACUAAAGAUGAUGAUGACUAUUUUUCAAAACUUGGAGUUGAAGUAUUAGAAACAAAAUGUGGGAAAAAAGAAGAUUUGAGAGCAGUUGAUGAUGACAUAGAUAUUGAUCACUAUUUGACCCCAUGUAACCAAGCAACUAAUGGAUCAAGCAUUCCAACAGUAGAAAUGGAGAUUGAAGAGUUCUUUACUCAAAAAUCUAAUAGUGACCAGCUUUGUGACAAAAUGGCAGGCUUGUCUCCUUUUAAGAAGAAUAGAGAAGUACUAGGUGUGACAGGUCAGAUUAAAGCUCCAUGUGGCAGCUAUGGUCGGCAUACAGUUGUUAAAGUUGAGUUUUCAAAUGACAGGCAUCAGAUGACACUAGACAUAUGCUCACAGCCAGGGGAUGUUCACCGGAAAUGUAUACUCAGUGGAUUCUGGUUAGACAGUCAUAUAUCAGAAGGAGACACAGUGCACAUCCUCGCAGAUUUUACAGACAAUGUUUGUCACAUCACUGACCAGUCUGGAUUGCUAAUUAUCAAUCCUGACCUUCUUCUGUCAGGAACUACAGUUGUAUCCAGUGUUUUUUGUAUGAGAAAAUCAAUACUGAAGGAAAAGUUUAAGGGUUGUGACAGUAGAAAUAUACAGAUGCUUUAUGGAAGUAUUAUUCAUGCUGUCUUUCAACAGGUGUUAAAGAAAAAGUUGAGCACAGCAGAAAGUAUUAUACAAGAAUCAACCACCAUUGUCAAACAACUUAGUAAUCUUCUAGAGAUGUAUGCUAAUCAAGUAAGAGAGGAGAAGGUUAUGGAGGAGAUAAAGAAUUACUUACCUCAAAUGAUCUCAUGGUUCACACAAUAUACUAGAUUUGGGAGUAGCUUCACUGCCAAAAAACAGAGUGACUCAGACAUACUUGUAACCAAAGUUUGUGAUAUAGAAGAAAACAUGUGGUCUCCAAGAUUUGGUAUUAAGGGAAAGAUUGAUCUCACAGUUGAAGUUAAAAUUAAAAACGAGCCAGGUACAACCAUGCUGCCAUUAGAAUUGAAGACUGGUAGAACAUCAUACUCUGUGGAACAUAAAGGCCAGGUGACCCUUUACUCUAUGAUGUGUGGAGAUCGGAGAAAAGAUCCUAAGAAAGGCAUGCUGCUGUAUCUAAAAGAACCCAGUAUGAAAAUUAUACCUGCUGAUCACAUACACCAAAAAGGUCUUAUUCAGUUACGGAAUGAAAUGGCGUAUUACAUAUCUAGACAAGUGUUAAAAUCAACAGAAGACAGUGAGCCAAAAACAUUUACACUUGGCAGGUUGCCAGAUCCCAUUUCAAAUAUCCGAGCCUGUCAGAAAUGUCCUCAACUAAUAAAUUGCUCUAUUUAUCAGAGAAAAGUAGAAGGAAGACAAAGUGAUUCUAGUGGAAUGUCAGGAUUGGUUGAUGAAACUUUAGGACAUUUAACUUCUGAUCACAUGACAUAUUUCAUCCAAUGGUGUCUCAUGUUAGAUUUAGAAUCUCAACUUGGCCAAUCAAAAAAGACGUUAGCAGAUAUAUGGUGCAAAAGCUCUGUAAAACGAGAGGAAGCAGGCCUAUGUUUGGGUGGAAUGAGACUACAUGCAGAGAUCUGUGAGGAGAUAGGUGAAGAUGCUGUUAUACUCACAUUCUCUCGUCAUUCACAAUAUUUGAGAGAUGCUGCAUUAUCCUGUACUGGUAUAAUAGCCCAAGAUAGUGUAGUAAUCAGCAGGGAAGAUCCGGCCUGGGUGGCUGUUUGUACAGGUUUUGUACAGGAAGUUGCAAACUCUACCAUACAGGUGCUCUCUGAGAGGGAAUCUGUUGACCGUCUGCUGGGCAUGAAGGAGAGUACAUUUCGUAUAGAUAAGAGUGACAGUUUUAGUACAGCAGGAAUUUUAUAUACAAAUGUCUCCAAAUUAAUGAUGGAUGAUCCACACAGUAAUAAAUUGAGAAGACUGCUGAUUGAUAAAGUAAAGCCAGAGUUCACCAAUACACUGUCAAAAGGAAAUAUUGAAAAAGUUAAAUCUGUCUUCAAGAGUCUCAACAAACCACAGAAAACAGCUAUAUUAAAGGUUUUGAUGUGUAAAGAUUAUGUGCUGAUCAGGGGCUAUCCAGGAACAGGUAAAACAUCCACCAUUGUUGCCCUUGUAAAAGUAUUAAAUGAACUUGGCCUAUCAGUUCUAUUAACCAGUUACACUCACUCUGCAGUAGACAACAUACUGCUAAAACUGAAAAAGGAUGGUGUGAAGUUUCUCAGGAUCGGGCGUGUUGCAAAGGUACAUAGAGAGAUUAGACAAUUUACCAUGGAAACAAUGGCUAGAGGGAUAACAAACACUACUGAUUUAGAAACAUUCUUUAAUUCCCAGAAAAUAGUUGCCACAAGCUGCCUUGGAAUCAACCACCCUGUGUUCACCCAGAGACAGUUUGACAUUUGUAUUGUCGACGAGGCAUCUCAGGUCCUCCAACCAGCGUGCCUUGGCCCACUUUUUUGCUCCAAAAGAUUUGUUCUGGUUGGAGACCCAAAACAGCUCCCCCCUGUUGUCCAGAGCAAAGAGUCUCGCGAGCUUGGUAUGGACGAGAGUCUUUUUCUAAGGCUGGAUAACCUCGGUGCUACCUUUGAUCUCAAUGUUCAGUAUCGAAUGAAUAGUGAAAUAAUGAGUAUAAGUAAUACUAUAGUUUAUAAUGGAUGCUUAAAAUGUGGUAGUGAUACUGUAGCCAACCAGACAUUAAUGUUUCCAGAACCUGAUGUCAUAAGAGAUAUUUUGGAAAGUAAGCCGUGGAUGAAGGGAAUUUUUGACUCAACGUUGUGCAAUUCCGUAGUUAUACUUGAUACUAAAUCUAUAUCAGCCAAUCACAUUCAAGUGAAGACUGGUGGAUAUCGAAACGAAAAGGAGGCAUUUGUUGUGGAACAAGUGAUAUUGAACUUACACCGAGCAGGGGUAGAAUGUGGUCGUAUAGGAGUUAUAGCCCCUUACAGGAGCCAGGUGUUACAUAUAAGGGAGAAACUAGGUAAAGGUCAUUUAAUGUCAGAGGUAGAGGUUAAUACAGUGGAUCAGUACCAAGGAAGAGAUAAAGAUAUCAUCAUCAUCUCAUUUGUAAUGAGUUCAAAUGAGAAAACUGGAAAG